AUGAGUAAGCUUUCAUAAAAGAAGACAAGCUUUUGAACUUUCCAUAUUGCUCGAAAGACGAAAAUAAAGUUGACAAGAAGAGCUAAAGUACGAGAAAUUACAAGACAAGAAAAGAAACCGCAACUCGGCGCGCCGUCAAAAUGACAAAAUGGGAGGAAAAACGGCGCGAUAUGUCGCUUAUUCACGCCUUGAUGUGGUUGAGACAUCGACCCCGGUGCCAAACGUGGGAUUUACAAUGUGGUGAGAACAAUAGGAGCGCCGGACGCGGCGCCAAAAUCGUUCCGAAUCUCAGAGGUUUUGUGGCUUGAUUCGAUUCAAAAUGUGUAAACAAAACGGUCUUUUGUCACCCUUCCGAAAAAAGAGCUCUUUGAAGUGGACGGAAUCGUUUGAAUACUCAUAAACAAAAAUAGUCCAGCUUCUUAGGAAUGCCACAGUGAUCUCUAUAGGGGCAACCUUAGGGGCGUUCGAAGGCUCCCCUUUAAUUUAAGGAGCGUUAUACCUCUCCCUAUAGGGAGCACUAAGGCUUGCAAAAGUGGCCACUAUAGGGAAGCAUUUUUCAUUCUGUUUUGAUUUCUGUUCCAGCUCUAUAAGAAGACGCGAAAAACUAAAUAAAUUAACGUUAUUGAAUGAAAAAUUAUCAAAAGAAGAUAACUUGACCAACUUUGUAUAUAUGACUUUCAAAUAAUAACAAAAAGUUUAAAGGCUCUUAGGAGUUUAGCGGUCAAAUCACUAGAGGGACCACCUAAUUUUUACCCCUAUAUGGAUCACUUUUUUUGUCCUUUUUAAUAAGGUUUUUCCUAAUUGCUAUAGAAAGCACUCGGGCGCUCCUACAGUACUGAUCAUAAAGACCCGAAUACCCAUAUUUUGACUAUAACUUGUUUUCAAUCAAUUCCGAUUGCAGGGAUUAAAACUGUAAAAUCUCGAGAAUUCUGGCGCGUUGAGGAUGAAAAUUAACAGAUAAGCGCGAUCUUUGCAUCGGAAAAUAGUUUUCUAUUCUGGGUGAAUAAUCAGUUUUGAGUCGAUAUGGCGAAAUUUUCAGAAAAAAAGAAAUGUUUUUUUUUCCAUUAUUAUAAACUUCUAGUUGGGUUUUUUUUAACGAAGGGGUUGUAGAUAGAAUGGCUCAACUCUUCGAACUGCAACCAAAACGAGUUUUAUUGGGAGCAAGUUGAUCCGAACCACAACGAGACCGUGAAGCUUACAGCGAUUUCAAGUGCGGUCACGACGAUUCAAAUGAAAGGGCAGGUAAAUUAUAGUCUAAAUCUUGUAAUUUCUCUUUAAAAUGUUGUUUUUCAAGAGUCUCCCGAACUGA